AUUAGGAUUCUAUGACUCUCCCAUGUCGAUCUGUGAUGCUGGUUUUAUUGGUGAUAUUGCUAUAAUUUUUCUUUGAUUAAUCCGCCAUCUCGGAUCUUGGUGAGAGGACAGAUUUAGGGUUUGAGGUUUGGGUUCGACGUUUGAAAGAGGGUACAUUUUUCUUAAAAAAGGACUUUUUUGAUCUUGGUUUCUUGCCGUUAAGAGUAGCUACGCAACUAUGUCUAGCAAGAAGGAAGAGAAAGCACAAGCUGCAGCUGAGCGAAUCAAGGCAGCGGCACUAUCAGCUGCAAAAGGCCUUAGCCGUGCUCAAGCUGAGCGGGCAGCCGCGGCAGCCGCACGAAAUGUAAAUGCUUAUGGGCAAAAGGAAGAAGGGCCAAGCCGAUGGCAGGAAAGGAAAGAAGCAAAGCGGCAGAUGUAUCUUAUGAGUACAGAGAAAGCUGUGAAAUUGGGAGAGAGGAAGGAUCUGAAGGCAUCAAUUUCCUCUUCUGGUGGUGCAUCUGCUCAAUGUCAGAAGUGUUUCCAGGCUGGCCAUUGGACGUAUGAGUGCAAGAAUGAACGGGUCUACAUGUCGCGCCCCUCAAGGACACAGCAGCUCAAGAACCCAAAGUUGAAGAUGAAGCUCUCAGUCUCCUAUGAAUUAGACAACCCUGAUAUUGGGAAGGACCUGCCAGAUGAAAGGAGUGAGAAGAGAGAGAAGGGUGAAAGAAGCAGAACAAAGAGCAAGAGGAAACACCGAUCAGGCAGUGAUACAGAGAAUGACAGCAGCGAGGCUUCUGUUUUUGAGACAGAUAGUGAGUCUUCAGUGACUGAGUCCGACUACUCUUCUGCCGAGAGUAGUUCAAGCUACAGUUCAUCAGAUUCAGAGGAGCGCAGGAGGAGGAGGAGAAGGAAUCUGAAGAAGAGAAGGCAUCAGAGAUACACAUCAUCCUCUGAUUCUUCUGAAUAUGAGUCAGCUUCGGAUAGUGAUUCGGAUGAAAAGUACAGCAGGAGGAAGAAUAGAAGGCACAGCCAUAGACAUUAGGCUGUUUCAGAGGAAAACAGUGUCUUUGCUAAUUCCUAUCCUUAUGUGUCGUGUUCUGACUAAUUUGGGCCUUUAGUUUUUUUGGUGAGUGAGGUUUUUUUAACGUUGUUAAUCUUUCUCUACCUACUUUUCAGUUUGGUUUGGUAAUUGUGGGUGCUGCUCCUCAAAAAUGUUAGUCUCAAGCUUCUUAUCUCUGUGGCAAUAGACUUGUCCUGUUUAAAACAGUGCAUAUGAAAUUACACAAUGUAAAAUAUGAUUUUAUUUUGGAUUGAAUUUGUUAUUUUAGCCCUA